CCAAAAUCUAAAUCCCUAAAUCGAGGAAACAGUAAACUGAUUUCGGGUUCACACCACCUCGAAUCAAUUGGAGAUAACGUUCAAAUCGAAGUCUCGAAGAAAUUCUGUAUCUAUAAUUGCACGAAUCAGUAACAAUGGUCUUUAACCCCUAAAAUUUCCCUUAUUUCUUCAGGAGGAUGGUGAGGUGGGUUCACGAUGAUCUACUACUACUCUUGAUCAAUUGUCCCACGCACCUUCAAAAUCUAUCAUCAUCACCAUCAUCAAUUACUUCACUUAUUGAUGGAAUCGAAGAAGAAAGCCGUAGAAGAAAAAACCAAGAAUCGCGAGGAGAAAGUGAAGAUCGUUCAAUGGGAAGAUUUUCAACAAGAGCUUGCUCGUCUUUCGAGUCUAUCGUCUGCCCUUAGCGAAGCUAAUCAGAAGAAGUCUUUGAUCCAAGAGAAGCUUAACUCCCAUUUACAGUUAGAAGCAGAGUCAUUAAGUCGGUCAAACAAACUAGAUGAGAUGCGGGAAAAUUUGGAAGCUCGAAAAUUAGUUAUGGGAAACAUGUCAAUGCGUUCAAAAGUUGUACAAGAAAAGGCUAAAAAACAGGAGGAGCAACUUAACUCUGAGAUUAGAUCUCUGCUCAUGGCUGGAACCUCUCUCUCCGUAGCUAGCAGGAGCUUGCAGGAAGCAAAUAAUUCAUUGGCUGGAGAAAGAGGGUAUGGUCAUCUACGGAAUUUGCAGAAGUUGCUGAGGAUGAGACAACAGUUCAUGGUGUCACAAAUUUCAUUGCUUUAUCCUGUGAAGGUCGUGACUGGGCUCACGUGUGAGCAAGAACUUGAAUCAUUUUCCGGAAGCAGUAAAUCAGGGAAUCCUUCUGGAUUGAAACCUCUGGAUGCAGGAUCUUUGACUAUUUCAGGUCUUCAACUCACUGUGCUCCCUUUUAAGAAGUUGAGUUUUUUCACCGAUAAGAAGGAAGUCCAGAGAUCAGCAACUGCCCUCGGUUAUGUUGCACAUAUUCAUGUUUUGCAGGCUGUUUCACUCAUUGCUUUCUAUUUAGAAAUUCCUUUGCGAUACCCAUUACGAUUAGGAGGUUCUCGUACAUACAUAUGUGAUUAUGCUCCCUCAGUGGAGUCCACAUCAUCUGAUUUUACGUCUAUCUCAUUACCUUCCUCAAGUUCAAAGCCGAUGGAAUUUCCCCUAUUCUUGGAAGGGCAGGACACCACAAGAUCAGCUUAUGCAGUAUUUCUAUUAAACAAGGAUUUGGAGCAAUUGUUGAACUUCAUCGGUGUUGAAAGUUUAGGGCCACGGCACGUUCUGGCUAAUCUGAAGGAACUGCUAAACAACAUCCUUUCUCAAGAAUACAUCAACUCAUAACCAGAUCUUCGAUUUCUUCUGUAAGUUUAUUGUAUAUGGUUUUCUUUGUAUUCUUACACGGUGCUUGUUUUUCCCCCAUGGAGCGCCUUCGGAUGUUUGAAUUCCUGUGCUACUUAACUUGAAUCGUUAACGAACACGAUGUUUUUGAAAUUGCAAACUUGAAAACCGUAGUUAGGAAAUGUAGGUCAAAUUCGAUAAGACCAUUAGGAGGGUUUAGUGAUAUUUAUACGAGGAUUGUCUUGAAUAAACGUUCUGAA